AUGGCGAACAACGUCGAUCUCGCCGAUCUCGCCAGGUAUGUAAUGCUGCCUUACACUAUCACUCGAAUUUCGGGCCUCCCUGACGAAUUGCAGGACUGCAUCUUUGCCUAUAUCAAGUUACCAGCCUCGCAGCGUGCGAGCGCCUUGAUCCCGAGGACCGCAAAUGCGGCUACCGAUCCUUCUAUCCCUCCAGCCAACGGCCGCUGCGUCUUCAUCCAGCUUCCCAAGGAGCUCCUUGCAGCUGUACUGGGCAUCGAGCUGCUGUCCAAGAACAGCAUCAUUAAGCCGACAUGUGGCGAGGACCUGCGCAAAGAUCCUACAAGGACACCAAAGCGUAACAGAACUAGCGAUUUUAUGGUCCUCAACAAGGAAAUCAAGAGACUUGUGACUUAUAUGAUUUACAAAGAACGCCGCUUUGAGAUUCAUGUCCACCAGGGUGUCAACACCGCAGGCAUCGAAUUUCUUGAUGUCGGACGGCAGCCGCUUCACUACCAGCUUGACACCGGCGACGCUCGUUUCGAGAGAUUUACGGAGCGCGGCGACUUCGAAUUCGGUCAACUGAAGAAGAUUGACAUCAAGAUCUUUCAAUCCGAAGAAGACGUACGAGACAAGAUCACGAUCAGCAACACCUACUUCAUCCACCAGGCCCUGUGUCAAUUGCUAGAACGGAACAACGAAGAUGAAAAAGAUCGCAUUGUCUCGAUCCGCAUUUCUUUCGAAGGACCACAUCCCGGGGCGCAAACCUCCACCACCGGUCGAGCUCAGAUUAUGGCAAACGAGUACUACUGGUGGCACCCGGAUCAGAAGAAGCCACGAUCUACCUGCCUUCAAGGCCUUUCUGACAUCGAGCUGGUGUUGCGCCCUUUCUCGCGACUCUCCAAGGUUCACAACGUCGAUGUUGAGCUUCCGAAAGGCGUUGCAGGCCAUGCGCCGACUAUCCAAUUCAAGAACGAUCUCAUCCGGAGCAUGACUUGCAAGGACAAUGGGUAUAGCUUACCGGCUCACGAUAUCUUGGAGGCUCAGAUGCAGGGACCUCGAAUCGCGGCAGAGAAUUUCAGUAGAUACAAGAAAUACGGAGGCAAGCCGGGCAACGAUGUUGCUGACAUCGCCGCGGACGAAUUGUUCGACCAUACGUUCGACUCGUGGCCUAAGCGAGAUCGUUCGAGGGGUAGCGAGGUUGGAAGUCGGAUCGGCUCGAAGCGACAAAAGACUGCAAUGCUUCGGCAUGAGUCCUCCCUUGGUCUAGAAUUUGGCCGAAUUGGCCUUAUGGAUAAGAACGAGCAUGCCGACGAACCGUUCGCGUGGGCGAAUCUGAGCGGAGCAGAGCAAUGGGCAUUGACGGAAGAGCAGCGGGCGAUUGAGCGAUCCCUCGGGGAUAGCCAAGGUGGCAGUGUUCGACGCGAGCCUUCAGAUGACAGCGGUAGCGGUGUUCCACUUACUGGCCAGCUUCACCGUAUGCGGUUUCCAGGAGGUAUUGGUCAAGCUGGUCCUGCGACCCGCAACUGCGCCCUCGACGCCGCCUGGCCGCCUAUCCUCCCCGAGAAUGUGCAUGCGACCUCCGUCAACGAGCCAGUGCAGCGCACCGGAACUGGAGCUUGGCAGAAAUUCGCCGAAGACAACGCCGAGCAAAGCUGA